AUGGUCAGAACCUCUUAUUCGAUUAUCACUUUUCUCUUGUUAUUGCUAGGUAUUACGAAUCCCGAAACGUACAAAAUGAUCAUUAUUUAUGGAUCACCCCAGAGUUUUACAACAUAUUCCAAUGAAUCUUUGACUUUCGAGGAGUGUGUAAAUUACUGUUUUGAGUCAGAGACGUGUGUGGCAGUCUACAAUCCAGAUGUAACUACCACUGUCUGUCAGGUGUUUGACCUUGGAAAGAUAUCUAAAGUGAAGGAAACAAAUGGAGGAGGAGCGAAAGUUGCUAUGAAAAUGAACUCCACUGAUCCCUUACAAUGUCCGUUAACCGCAGAAGAGAAUACUUUUUCGACAGAAAUGCAAAACGGACAGUAUAACAUAACUCCAUUAAAUGGAAUUUGGACAUUUUCUUCGAGGUCUUGUCCUCUUAAUUUCACAAUGUUUGAACGACCUCUCGGAUUCUGGUGCAUUGGGGUGAUUCCUGUUCCAAAUCUUCUUUCUCAAGAAACAGGCGCAUCGUUAUGUUCAUCAGUGUAUGGUGGAAUUCUGAGUGGGUUACAAACAUUGGAUGAGUAUAACUAUAUUAUUGGAAUUGUCCAACCGAUCCUUGAACAAGUUACCGAAACGAUCAAAAGCUACGGUACUUUGGGAUUCUGGAUAAAUGGAAGUAGGAAGCCGACAUGUAAACAAACAGUAACAAGUGCUACGUGUGAUGGGACUAAUGAAUUCGACUUUACUGAUCCUCUUCUGUCUGCAUAUGAUGGAUAUGUAUGGGGAAAAGAUCAACCAAGUGGAAUCGGAGCAACAGACUCAAAUUGCAUUCAUUUCGGUUUCAACACAUCUACUUAUCAAAGUGUUGGAGUUGAUGAUUAUAAAUGUACUGUAGCAAACACAACUAACGCCGGAUUCUUGGGAUACAUUUGUGGUGUGAGGCCUACUAUUAGAUAA